ACAAGCAGGAAGGGGGCCUUCACCAGACACUGGAUCUGCAGCACCUUGAUCUCAGACUUCCAGCCUCCAGAACGAUCCCAGCAUGCCUUCCGAGAUACCCCAAGCAGAAGAAGGGUCUGCAGAGUGCCCGCAUCUCUCAGGGGCACCCUUGGGGAAAGGAAGCCUGGCAGAGGGGUCCCCGGAAGACAAGGAAGCCCAGGAGUGCCUGUGGAUCCGCCCCGAUGCUCCGAGCAGGUGUACCUGGCAGCUGGGCAGACCCAUCACCGACUCUCCGCAUCACCACACUGCCUUGACAAAAUCCCCCAAAAUCUUGCCGGAUAUCCUGAAGAAAAUUGGGGAUACUCCCAUGGUGAGAAUCAACAAGAUCGGGAAGAACUUUGGCCUGAAGUGUGAGCUCCUGGCCAAGUGUGAGUUCUUCAACGCGGGCGGGAGCGUGAAGGACCGCAUCAGCCUGCGGAUGAUCGAGGAUGCCGAGCAGGCUGGGAUUCUGAAGCCCGGAGACACGAUCAUUGAGCCGACGUCUGGGAACACAGGGAUCGGGCUGGCCCUGGCUGCCUCCGUGAAGGGCUACCGCUGCAUUAUCGUGAUGCCGGAGAAGAUGAGCAUGGAGAAGGUGGACAUCCUGCGGGCCCUGGGGGCCGAGAUCGUGAGGACGCCCACCAACGCCAGAUUUGACUCCCCAGAGUCACACGUGGGGGUGGCGUGGAGACUGAGGAACGAGAUCCCCAAUUCUCACAUCCUGGACCAAUAUCGCAAUGCCAGCAACCCCCUUGCUCACUACGACACCACCGCCGAGGAGAUCCUGCAGCAGUGUGAUGGGAAGCUGGACAUGCUGGUGGCUUCAGCGGGCACGGGUGGCACCAUUACGGGCGUUGCCAGGAAGCUAAAGGAGAAGUGCCCUGGAUGCAAAAUCAUCGGGGUGGAUCCCGAAGGCUCCAUCCUGGCAGAGCCCGAGGAGCUGAACCAGACGGAGCAGACAGCCUACGAGGUGGAGGGCAUCGGCUAUGACUUCAUCCCCACGGUGCUGGACCGCACGGUUGUGGACAAGUGGUUCAAGAGCAAUGACGAGGAGUCCUUCACCUUCGCCCGCAUGCUGAUCGCGCAGGAGGGGCUGCUGUGCGGUGGCAGUGCGGGCAGCGCCAUGGCCGCGGCCGUGAAGGCGGCCCAGGAGCUGCGGGAGGGCCAGCGCUGCGUGGUGAUCCUGCCCGACUCGGUCCGCAACUACAUGUCCAAGUUCCUGAGCGACAAAUGGAUGCUGCAGAAGGGCUUCCUGAAGGAGGAGGACCUCACGGUGAAGAAGCCGUGGUGGUGGCACCUCAGAGUCCAGGAGCUGAGCCUGUCAGCUCCGCUGACAGUGCUGCCCACGGUCACCUGUGAGCACACCAUCGAGAUCCUCCGAGAGAAGGGCUUCGACCAGGCGCCCGUGGUCGAUGAGUCAGGGGUGAUCCUGGGGAUGGUGACUCUGGGGAACAUGCUGUCAUCCUUGCUCGCUGGGAAGGUUCAGCCAGCAGACCAGGUUCGCAAAGUCAUCUACAGGCAGUUCAAACAGAUUCUCCUGACCGACCCACUGGGCAAGCUCUCGCACAUCCUGGAAAUGGACCACUUUGCCCUGGUGGUCCACGAGCAGAUCCAGUACCACAGCAACGGGAAGGCCAGUAAGAGGCAGAUGGUGUUCGGGGUCGUCACCGCCAUCGACCUGCUGAACUUUGUGGCUGCCCAGGAGCGAGACCGGAAGAGGAAGUCAGGAGGUGCCGUGGAGCCCAGAGCUGCCGGGGCAGCGGCGCAGCCCUGACGCCCUGCACGCCGUCCACUCGGGGGCCAGUCUUUUGCUUUCACACACACUCAACGAACAGACGUGCGAUUUUUGACUGCCUGGCGCUGGGCAUUGCUCUGCAUGACGGGUGGCGAGGAGUGGGUGCGGGGUGCUUAGCCUGGGGCCAGCACGAGUGCUCCAGUUUUCCUUUUAGUAACGCUUGGCUACCUGAAUGAAUCUAUUUAUGGUUUAUUAGGUCAGAUGUGUUUUUCUUUAAGUAUCUCUUCCAAUGUUUCAACAAGGAAAUCUCAUUAAAAGAACUCAGCCAGGCGAUGACCCUGUGCAGGGGCUGGGGCA